AUGCGGUUGCGGAUGGAAAUGUUUUACGACAAGCAAGUACUGUCUUGUAGCAAACUGUUGCUUUCAGUUUCCGGUCUUUGGCCGGAAAAUCAAAAUGAUUUUCGGUUCUUUUUCUACAUCACGUACGUCACUAUCUGUACGUUAUUGCUGAUAACGAACUUAGUGCAAAAUAUGCACGAUAUCGAGAAGAUGAUGAGGAACAUCACAUUCACAUUUCCGAGUGUGUUAAUCGUAUUGAAGAACGUGAUGUUCCGGUGGAAAAGAGAUAAAUUGUUGCCCUUAUUAGCAGCCGUGAGGGAGGAUGCAAGCAAAGGGUUGUAUCGACACUCUGAUGAGAAGUACAGAGUCAUUUGGUACAAUAUAGCGUCAACGUUGUUUACCUCGUCGUCAGUUGUGUCGUUGUUCUUUGUGCCUACGUUGUUUUAUAUUAAACCAAUCUUUGAUUGUCUUUUGUCCAGUUCUGACAACUGUACUCUUCCGUUUGAGCUACCAGUUCGCAUAAAUUUUAUUUACGAGAUAUCAGGAAUUCAGUCGUAUGCGCUAUUUUGCGUAAUUCUAAUGCCAUCUAGCACAUUUAUGACCAUCGGUGCGACUGCGGCGGACAGUGUCUUCGUUUCUCUUACGUUUUAUCUGUGCGGUCAAUUAUCAAUUAUUGGCUAUCGGAUAAAAAACAUCAAUUUUAAGUCAUCUAAGUAUCAUUACAAGAUGAAAGCUCUGGCGAAGCGUCACGUGCAGCUCUUGCGAUUAGCAAGCGUUUUAGCAGAAGCAUUUAGUUCACUGAUGUUUGUGCAGACAGUGGGUUUGAUUUUUUCUCUUUGCAUCGUAGUGUAUCAGUUACUUAUGACAGCCGAAAGCGGAAAAGAAGUAAACGAAAUUAUUCAUUUUAUAAUAUAUUCGGUAGCAGUAGUGCUACUGGCAUUCUGCUAUUGCUUUCUUGGAGAAUGUUUGAUCAACGAAAAUGUCUGA